AAGAGAAACAGUGCCUGCAAAUCAUUUAUGAUAUGAUAAGCGCAUCGUUUAAGCGAAGCGGGGUCCCAAAAGAAGAAUUGCCUAGCAUUCCAGAUGAAAUAUUUGACUAUUCGACGAAUUUCGACACGGCUCUAGAAGUUAUUCUCAAGAUCCCUACCGUUAUUGGAUGCAAGAAAUGUCGCGGAAUACUUCAGAUUUACAUCCACUCAUAUGCUGAUUCGUCUGCCGAAGAUCAUAUAAGAAGCAUGCUUGCGAAAUAUGAGAUCGACAAGAUUCAUUUUUAUCGAAGAAUAACGAAACAACUGUGUUGUUCUGGCUCUUCGUUAUUUGGAGGUCAAGGAACUCUUGGGGGGUUUGUUUUAAAACACAAAUCACCAACCGUCUCAGUGAGAGAUCAAGCACUGGUACCCGUCGUAGUACCGGCUGUCUCAAACGAUACUUUAGCAGCUCUUGUUUCAAGACAUGUAGUCCACACAAAUCAAACUCUACUUGUUGACGGUAUGCAGCAACCAAUUGGCCAUAUUGCUCAGAUUAGGUCUGAUGAAGACAUAGACAUUUUGCCAGUAGAUGUUGAUGAUGCUUGUAGAGAUAUGUGCGACACAGCGUUCAGGACAAAGCAUUGUGUGCGAAUGAGUGAUACCAAAUUAUGGAAAAAAGAAAAUAUACAGGAUUUAAGUGGAGCACCAGUGCACAUUUGGGGCUCAAAAUCAAAACCUGGCCUAGGCACUCUUUAUGGUCCUAACUUUAGAGAUCGUAAUGGUCUGAAUGUCAUUGUUCGAGACAUCCCUUACGAGGCACCUUUCGCACAAGAGGGGGACAGCGGCGCUAUGAUUUGCUACUAUGAUGCACGUUACGGCGGGAUGCUAUACGCUAUUGCAAUGGUUGUUAAAAUAAUGCGUGAUAUCGACGGUUCCAACCAAGAAUACGUAGCUCAGAUUGUGGACGAUGCUCUUCAAAAACUUUCCAUAUGGAAUGAAUGCGAGUAUGAGUUCGUUGGAUAGAGUAAAGGGUGCCGAUACUACCAAUGCCGGAAUAUGUCAAACACAUUUUUUACCGUUGCAAGGUGAAACAUUUCUGAAAUAAUAGCUCGAAAUAACAAUUUAAAUGCAAUAUUGAUCAGGAUGGUUCGAGCAAGUACGAAUGUUUGAUAUUAUCUUGUUCUGUAAUAGCAUGUGUACUACUUAUGAAACUGUACCAGGAAGUUAGUUAUUUUUAAGUGUCUUUUGAAUAAUUAAAUUUAAAUGAAAUUUUACCAAAUGACAUUAAAAUUUGAAUUUCGAUUCUGAGCGUGUAUAGAUGUGUAUUAGUGUAUUUUAUAGUGUUGUUUUGUUUUAAACGAUGAUUCAGGUUGUUGAUUUUUCUUUCUGCUAAUCUCACACUAAUGAUAUUCGAAAUAGUGUACCUGUCAUAUAUGCAUAUUUCGAGUUCAUGCUGUAUUUGUGUAUGUUGAUAAAGUUGACAUGAAAGCAGUGCUUAACGUCUCAACGGAUUAGAUUUAUUUAAACUUACCCAAACUGUUUUUACUUUCUUUGUUGUUUAAAGUUAUAACUUGAAUCGUUCGUCUACAAUAACAUUCAAAUGUGUGCAACUGCGAACUUGUAUAAUUAUAACAUCAAAUUAUUAUUUUUUUUCUUGAAACAGUGUCAAUUUUAUUAUGACUAUGUUUUAUCAGAUGUACGGUUUGUUAUAUGUGCGUAAACUUACCACAUUAGUUAAUGACGAUGUAUGAAGUUGUAAGUGGGCAUUUCCUUUUAUUUUAGUGGGUAAUAGACUUUUAAACCUCUCGAAUUUAAUUUUGUUUUUCAUUCUUGACUUUAUAAGUUGUUUUGCAAAUAUUCUCCUAAGAACUAAAUCAACAAAAUACGCGAGCUCCGUUUUACUUUGCACAAAUAAAAAAACCAAUAUCUGACCGAUUGUUAUUUUUUAAACUACUUCUAAAAUUAAUUUAACGAAUGGUUAAGUGAUAUAUCGAAACGAAAUAAUUCUUUAAACUCACCGUUUAGUGUUUUAAUUGUUUUGUUUGAUUUUAAUUUGACAUAUAACCUAUAUAUUUGAAUACACAUAUUUUCUAUGCUCGCUUUUUCACACGUAUUAAUUGUUUGUUGUUUCGUGUAAUUUUGCUUUAUUUAUCAACAUGUUUAUUUCCUGUAUCAUGCGUUAUAUCAUAGUUAUCAUAUAGUUAUUAUUUAUAUUCUAUGGUAUGCUGUUCUUAUGUCUAUGCGCACGUUUUUGACAAUACAGAUCUAAAGGAUCUGUAGAAUUGUAGAAUUUUAACUCGCAUCAACAGUGCGCAAUAUUCAUAAUGAAACUGACAAUACAUGGCAUAUUAACAAAUCGAACUAGCUUAACAAAGGAGUAAUUUUAUUACAUCAGAGUAAGUUAAAAUGUGUGUACAGACUAAUUGUCCACAUUAUCAGUUUUAAUAUCUCAAUUGAAAGUGAGAUAUGUUUAAUGCAUUAAGUGUUAACUUUAUUUUUACUUUUAUAACAUUUGUAUUAAUAACGUACUCAAAACAGGAUUAUAAGCCUUCGAUUAAGGUAUCUUCUUGUCAUCUUUUGACAAUUCAUUACAAUGUGUGUGUUAAUAUCAUCAGAUUGUUCACGCUCUUGUCGUAUUUUCUUCUUUUUGAAUAUCUUGGUGGUAAAUGUUAAAACGAUAAUGCUAAGUUCUGUUUGUAAUAGACUACCGUUUAAAAAAGUGUAGUUAUGUUCAUUGUUUCUUUUCACUUUGCGCUUCAUGGAUAAUUUGUCUGUUCCAUGAUUACGUUUAAAUAAUCAAUAUCGCAUGUACGCAACCAACAUAGAGUUAAGUCCCUAUAUUUUCAUUAUUUUAAGAUUAUUUCAUACCAUAAAUAUAUGUUUGUUUGGUCAACUUUGCAUUGUAUUAAUCAUUUAAAAUAAUAAUUAUACGAAGCAAUUCUCUCAUUGAAACUGCAAUGU